ACCUUAUGGUGGUUGAUGAUGUAUGGCACAAAGAAUCUUGGGAAAGUCUGAAAAGGGCAUUCCCAAAUAGCAAGAAUGGAAGCAGAGUGAUUAUCACCACACACAAGGAGGAUGUCGCUGAAAGAGCAGAUAACAAAAGUUUUGUCCACAGACUUCGUUUCUUAAGCCAAGAAGAAAGUUGGGAUCUCUUUUGUAGGAAACUACUUGCUGUUCGGGCAAUGGUCUCAGCAAUGAAGAGGCCAGCUAAGGAUAUGGUAAAUAAGUGUGGAGGUUUACCUCUUGCAAUUGUUGUAUUGAGCGGACUUCUUUCGCAUAAAAGGGGGCUAGAAGAAUGGCAAAUGGUGAAGGACCACCUUUGGCAGAACAUUAAAGAUGACUCCAUUGAAAUCUCCUACAUACUAUCAUUGAGCUACAACGACUUGUCAACUGUGCUCAAAAAGUAUUUUCUGUACUUUGGUGUUUUCCAGAAGAUAAAGUGGUCGGUGCUAGAAAUAUGACAUGGUUGUAGGUGGACGAGGGUUUCAUACCAAGAGGAGAAGAAAGAAUGGAGGAUGUUAUUGAAAGCGUCUGGAAUGAGCUAAUAAGAUGAAGCCUUGUUUAAGUGGCUAAUAUAGUUUGGGAAAAAGUUGUUGAAUGUAGGAUUCACGAUCUACUCCGGUAUCUUGCCAUUAAAAAGGCAUUAAAGGUGAAUUUUUUUGACAUUUAUGAUCCGAGAAUACACUCCAUAUCCUCCUUAUGUCUCAGGCAUGCCGUCCAUGGUCAAGCACAAAGGUACCUCUCACUUGAUCUUUCUAACUUGAAGUUAAGGUCAAUUAUGU